AUGAAGAAGCUCUGGAAUCGAACCAGAAGUCGGAGUCGCAGAGGAAGCGAAGCGCAACCUGCGCCUGUCGAGAAAGCACCACCUGUUCCUCAGCUCCCGAGCACGAGCCGGUCUGCGAACCGUCCUCCACCUCCGUCGCAGAGCAGAAAUGUAAAGCCCGUUCUAGUCGGUGUCAGCAGGGCCAACGAGUCUCGGCCAGGCACGGCCGGCAGCAUGAGCAUACAGGACGCGGUCCGUCGUGCCGCCGAUACGACGUCGCAGGAGUUCGGCAGAGGUAACACAGGCAAAGUGCCCCGCUACGUCGACAUCUUCUCUGUCCCGUCUUUAUCAGGGUCGCGGUCAAUUACCUCGUCUUACAAUGAGGAAGUUGCCGAGAGAAAUCUAGACACUAGAGUCUCGCGUGGCGAUCAGUACCAUGGCUACGUUCCGACGUCCAAGUAUCAGGAGGAAGUGGCUAUGAGAAACUCAUAUCAUAGCAGUGAUGCGCCACGUUCAAGUCACGAUCGUCAGCACCGGAGUUGGAUUUCAAGUACCACAGAAAGUGGUCCCUCGAAUCGCAACACUCCUCACACAUCUUGGUUCCAAGACAACAGCCGUCCAACUUCACAUGUCCCGCCAGCAACGACCUCGCAGCCACUUCCACCAAUACGUGCGUCUCUCGACUCCACAUCCACCAAUACUGCACCCGUGAACUCUACUCUAGCCAACUACAAUUUGGCGAAGUCGGAGGUCGAUCACCCACCACGAUCGUCGUCUCGGAUGAGCUCAGCAUCAAAUAACGUGAUCAACUUAUCUCAUCGAACUAUCAUGGACUUGACUGGAGACGAAGAGCAGGAUCUGGCGGAGAUCGAGCUCAAGAGGAGCCAUGAUAUGCGGCCCGGUCCAGUGCAGCUGGUGCAUGUUGUGUCACCGGCAGCAUCCCGUCCUCCAUCGGAGAAUGUUGGCGACAGCGAAAUUUCACCUACGACAGCUCAGGAAGUGUCGCCUGUGACGCCGUUGACUCCGGACCGAGUGGCCGUUCAUGAAAAGCAGCUGCCAAAAUCCACAAGCACUUUCUCUAUGAUCAACACAGUCGCAUCAGUGUCGCCAGUCACCCAGGCCAAGCUAGAAGAGCCACCGGUCAGUGAGGCUCAAACGCAUACUUCUCCAAGACAGCUUACUUCACCUGAAGCUGCCAAGAAUCGCCUUUCGACGGUGACUGAAGCAGAUGCUGAUGCGAACUCCAGCUCUGGCUCUCGAGACCCAAGCAUCGAACGACCAGUUCCGAACGGUCAUAGUGCUGACCUCAAACCUACAGACGUCGUUUCCGAAGCAGUGCCCACCGCACCAUCUCAAAAUGGUACGCAGUCAGCCAAUUUGACGCCAGUGCCAACAGCAAAGAGCAUCCACCACUCGCCAGAGUCACUUCAAUCCGUCGACUUCACGAAUCCUAGUGCAGCAACUUGGGGCAUUCGCACUCGCGACUUCGCCGUACAUCCAAGCAGAGCAGCCCUCAGCAACGAAGCCAAUAUAAAAGCCAAGGUCAGCAAAAUGAACGGUUCGCAGGCCGACGCAGAACCCCUAAUGACGGAGACGAUCCGACCCACGAGUACUUAUCACUUUGACGAGGAGGCCUUCAAGCGAAAACAGGAAAAGGCCAGGGCCGCUUUGGUCAAACUUCAGGAGAGCCUCAACGAAGAAUUCAUCUCUCCGCCGCGUACACAGUCAGCACCGAGGCCGAAUCGAAUAAAUGGCGUAGGUCAACGACGAGUGCCUGCAUACAAAGAUGUGGUAGAUCCACACGGUCCUGUUGCGCCAACCUCGAUGUUCUCUACAAAUGGUGCAGAUGACUCGAGAGGUCGUGCGCGGCCGUCUUCGGCUCAAGCGCAAUCGAGAACGAGUAUGACAGCAAGCGAUUCUGCGGAGCCGCCUAUCGUGAAUGCUCGAUCAGCUGCCCGCGGUACACGAUUUCCUCUCCAACAAUCCCAGUCCUACACCAAUACGCGACCGCGACCAGGCGAUGAUCUCAGGGGCAAAGGUAAGGGCAAAGAGCGCGAUAUCGAGACGGCUCUUUAUGAUCUCCAGUCAACUGCCGAGUACAUCACAGGCGCGCCUCCUCGCGUGUCCUCUGCUCAGCCACGACCUCCGAGAUCCCCACUACGAGAACGCAAGGCAGUGUCCAACAGUCAAGGACUACACGGCUAUGGCUUCGGACAGCAACACUUUUUUACGAACAAUACCCAGCAGAAGGUGCAGACGCCGACUUCGCCAGGCGAAGUCUCCUUGUCCAACUUCCCACUUGCACCAAGCCCCACGCAAUUCCACCGCGAUCAGCCACCUCCCCGGAAUCAUGGGUACGGCGAUCAGCCUUACGGCCACGCCCGCAACGGCAGCAAUGACCCGUUCGUAGAGAAGAAGCCAAUGGGCAGUCCUUCGAUCGCGACCGCAACAGCACCCAACCCAUUCGUGAACUCGCAUAGCAACAACAACGCGAUUGCCGCGGGCCCGACGAUCAAGAGACGAGGAAGUACGACGAGUCAGGCAAGUCAUAUGACUAGUACGAGUCAGUACAGCAUUCCAAUCCACAUGAUUCCGGAGAGGGGGAGUAGUAUGCGCGAUAUUUGA